AACGAGACCUGGAAACUUAGAUUCCUAGGAAUUAGAAGGCAAACAUAUAAAAUCCGUUAAGCAUUCGGUUAUUUUUUUCCCUUAAUACUAAAAAUGCCGUUGGGGAAAUACUACUGCGAUUAUUGCGAUAAGGAAUUCCAGGAUACUGCAGCGGCUCGGAGGCGACAUCUUCAAGGCGUUCAACAUCAGAGAGCUAAAGCUCUUUGGUACGACUCUUUGCGCACAGAUCCUCAGUUAUAUAACGAUCCUGAUUCGUUUGGUAAAGGAGUCUGCAAUCACUUUGUUCGUACGGGGUAUUGCCAGUAUGGGGACUCCUGCAAAUAUUAUCAUCCCAAGCAAAACUCUCAAAAUGUGCAACAAACGGGAAUUCCUCCAGGAACAACUACUAGAGAGGGUAGUCACUUAAAGCGUGUACCAAAUAGUCAACCUUUCGGUUCAGUAUCUUUUCCAGCAGGUGAUGUGUUCAGAGAAAAUGCCGGAGCAAAGCUGGGCAAUCUGCCUCCCUCUCUAAGGCCUCCGCCAGAGGGUGGUUAUCCGCCUCUCCCUUUUGUUGACUGGGGAUAAGUCUGCCACCUCAUUUACUACUCUUGUCAGAUAUGCUUUAGAGUAGAUUGAUUGAAACAUGUCGAUUGCUCAACAUAUAAGUACUAGAUUGACUAUGAAAGAUAUAGAUGACUGCAAUUUCAGCUGAGUGAUGUGCAGUUAGAAUCAUGGGAUAUUUUCUGUCUGUAUCACUAUCUUAUCAUUUUAUGUGCUCCUAAAUUUUCCUCGUAUUGAUUUAUCUCUAGCUAUGCUCAAUUCCUCGGCUAUCAUAAUGCUUUGGUAAUCGUGGAACUUGUACCUGAUUUUGAAAGUCUAACAAUCCAAGAAAUUUGAAUGUAUAUUGGUAAGUAUAGCUGUUGUCAUCAUUAUUAACUAAGAUCCUCAUUCUAUAGGUUUCGUAUUUUCUUUUGUUGAUACGGUUGAGUCUAACUUGGGAUUGAAAAGCACAGAUGCUGAUAAUUAAUGAAAUACCUUUCCCCUACUCAAGUACAAGGUCCUCUUUGUGUACAAUACAUUGCUGUGGAAGAAUCUAUUACUUAUGUAAGUAUUUAUGGUAUAGUCCAGUGACACCUAAAGUGUAUGAUUGUUUGAGUCAUUCAAAGAUAUUGGUUUUAGUU